AUGAUGAGUUUAUCUGAAAGAAAAAUGUCUGUAACUCAAGAUGAUUCGCCACAAGAUGAAGAACAUGAUUGGGACACCUAUUUAAUUGAAACGAGUAGUGAAGCUGCACCAGCUUGCAAUUUUCGACAGUCUUUAAUUCCGCCGAAAAAUGAUUUUUCUAUGGGAGACAAACUUGAAACCAUUGAUCCAAGAAAUCAAGAUUCAUGGUGUAUUGGCACAAUUGUUGAUAAAGACGGACCAAGGAUACGCAUACGUUUAGAUGGUACGGAUGAUCGAAAUGAUUUUUGGCGACUUGUUGAUUCAACCGAUAUUCGAUGUUAUGGAACAACAGCAAAAUAUGGUGGACAAAUUGUACCUCCACUUGGUUUUCAACAAAAUUCAACUCGAUGGGCGAAAUAUUUUGAAAAAAAUGUUAAAAAUGGACCCUUCGCUAAUGCAUCUUGCUUUAAAUCGGCACCACCCAAACCUGAAAAAAAUCUUUUCAAAAAAGGACAGAAAUUAGAGGCUGUUGAUCCAAAACAUCCAGAAUUAAUAUGUCCAGCUACUGUAAAUAAUGUCAUGCAUGGUGAUUAUCGAAUUGUAUUAUCAUUAGAUGGUUGGAGUUCGUCCAAUAAUUUUAAAGUUGAUUAUUCAUCAAGGGAUAUUUUUCGUGUUGGCUGGUGUAAAUCCGUAGGAAUUCGCAUAGCUAAAGUCGGUGGAAAUCCUCUUUCUCGUACAUCGACAAAAUCAUUACCGAUAACUCCAAAUAAACAGACUGGAAAUAUCCGACAGCAACAAGCAAAAAAUAAGAAAACAGUUAUUUCGCCAUCAUCAGAUGAUUCAUCGUAUUCACCAACAACGAUGGAUGAAAAGAAUAAUAAUUUAGUAUCGAAGAAAAACUCAAUUAAAAUAUCGCCAAACAAAAAUGAACAUAAAAGUUCAAUGGAUUUUCAUGACGUUCAAACAAAAAAUAUUAAAAAAGAACAGCCUAUUGUAACUGUUUAUUGGAAUUAUAUUGGUGAUAAUGGAGGAAUGUUAUUAAAUCCUCCACGAUUUCAUUCCUCAAUGCCAUCGAUAUUUGGUCCAGGUGAAUGUUACUCAGUUUUAAAAACAAUUUUUGAUUCAUGUAUUAAAUGUUCAUUUCAACCAACAUCCUUUAUCAAUCGCAUACUUGAUUUAUUUCCUGUGACAAAUAAUGAUAAAAAGAAGUCCUCUACGCCGAUUAAAUUGGAGAAUGGCACUAUAGUAAAUAUUCCAUACAUUGAAAAUGAAGAAGAAUUUUGGGAUAUUAUUCGUUUAUUUCAAAAUGGCAUAUUAGCUGGAAAUGAUUUAUUUAUAUCAACACUACCACAUUCAACUAUGAAUCAUAGUAAUGGUUCAUCGUCAUCGUUUCUUGAUUCAUCCCUAUCACCUGAUAAGAAAGAACUUUCACCAUUAGUAAAUCAAAAUGUCAAACGUAAAAGUGCAGAAAUAAAUUCGGAAAAUAAAACAUUUCUACAGAAUGGAAAAGUUCCACGAUCAAGUUCUAUUGAAAAAUCGGUGCAUGAUACAAAACCUUUGUUAAAUUCUCAUCCGUCGAAUAAUCCAAAAAUAAUAAAUACUAAUGUUCAAAAUUGUGUUACACCAUUAAAUGUAAUAUCUCGUCGUCCUGAAAGAUUUACACCAGUGGAUGUCGCCGCAUUCGUUAGAGGCAUUGAUCCAGCAUUCGAGAAUCUUGCUUCUCGUUUUCUUCAAGAAGAAAUCGACGGAAAAGCUCUUCUUCUUUUAACAACUGAUACACUAAUGCGACAUAUGGGUUUAAAACUAGGUCCAUCACUAAAAAUUAUUAAUCAUAUUGAAAAAUUAAAGAAAAACUAA